UCAUCUACGGCGGGCUGCUCCGCUGCGGGCUGCUCUGCUGCUACUCUUGCCAACAAACGUGUAAUGCCUUGACUCCAUGGCCCGCCGGUGAUCGAUGGCCCUCUGCAAGGCCUCGUCGUCGCCGUACUUGUUGCGGGAGAAGGACUUUUUCCUCUUCUUGCCGUCCUCCUGCCAUUCGGCCACCCAUGCAUGGUCUUUCUUGUCGUAGGUGACGCCCCUCACGCCGCUCUGGUGCUCAGCGGGCUUCUGCACAGACGCCCUGGCGCUACGCUCCAUCUCGAGACGGUGCUCCUCAGCCAACACCUGACAUACACACACAUACAUACAGGUGCAACAUGCAUGGCUGACAUAACAGCAUGAAGUUCAGCCGAUUAAGCGGAUACCUUGGCAUUGUCGCCGUGCUCCUUGACGUAGAAGUACUUGUGCUUAUGCUUGCCGUCAGCCUUCUCCCACCAGGAAGCCACCCAGGCCUGGGUAUUCUCGUUCCAGGAAACACCCGUCACAUCAGACUGGUGUGCUGCAGCAAACCCACACACACACGAGAACAGGUGCCGCCUUUCUUUCCCUCUCAUUUGCUCACCCGCGACGUUGACGACAGUCUUCCUUCGCUUGUCGGUGGUCUCGCGGCGGUGGCCAGCUUGGAGUCGUCCCAAUCGCCCGUAGUACUAUCAUGUUGAUACACAACAGACAGAGAACUUUCCCUUCACAUUUGUGUUUUCUCGUGCCAUAUUUGCAUUCAUCCCACCUCCGUGCGCCACUUGAGAAACCCCUCCUCUCCGUGCAAACGCAUCAU